CAUUGUUAUUAAUUUUUUAAAUUGCGAAUCUGCAGUCGACUGAUAAUGGAUAUAAGUGCGGAUGUCGAUCAAAUUAUAGCCCAGGCUCCAGAUUGGAACUUUGCGGGCGAUUGUGCGCUUUUAGCGCUAAUGAAGCGCAUUUCUCAGAAUUUAAAUGAAAGAGGCGAACAGACAAGUCGCAAUCUGAGAGACUUUGAAACAAGGGUGAAGCAAGUGGAUAUAUCACUAAAUAAUGCCACCAACAGCUUAAGAUCCCUACAAUUUGGAAAUCAGUUUGUGGAAUAUCGGGUGGAGGAAGUGGAUGACGCCGAUUUGGCUAUGCCUGAAGAGAGGAAGAAGAAGAAGCCCGAGCUGCCGCCCAAGAGUUCCGAGGAAUUGGCCAAGGAGUUUUUGGAAAACAAUCUGCGAAUGUUUCGCAAAAACUUUGAGCCGGUGACCAUCGAAGUGCCCGAUUCUGAUGACGAGGAUGCACCGGUUCACUCAACAACCGUUUACCGGGCUAAGAAUCCUUAUGAUGCCAUUCCACUGCCCUAUAUUAUCGGCACCAAGGAAUGGGAGGAACAUAAAUAUGCCGGACUUUAUGACAGUAAAGAGAAUAGUGGGGAUGAAGAGUCCGAGGAAUUCUCGUCCAGCUCUUCGGACGAGAGGGAAUCCGUAUCAAAGAAAACCACAAAGGGCGAAAACAAAUUAGAGGAGCCUCAUCAAUCUGACUCCUCCUCAUUGGCCUCGUUCGCCAGGGAACCCGUGAUUGUGUCGCCAGUAGUCAAACCUUCUGUCCCUGUGGCAGAGGCUGCCAUCAAAACACAGCCACGUCCAAUUAUAAGCAGUCAACGGAACCCUCACGAGAGAGACAUGUUCGCUGCUCUCCGGCAAUCUCCGCCCAGCGAUGAUCCGCCGUCCACUUCGUCCUCGCCCACGUCUUCUCCAGCCUUUAGAAAUCCCUCUAAUCGCUUGCCAAUAGCGUCAACGGCAUCGCUAAGCUCAAGCAGCAGUAGUCCGGCCCAACAGGCGCCAACGCUUUUUGAUGAAGCUGUUUCAACGCAAACUCCCAAGGAAACUGAGGCUAAGCAAAGUCAAACUAUGCGCAAGCCAGUAAAUCUUUUCAACGACGAUGAGUUUAACUCUUUUAUGUCCGAAAUCGUCGACAAAGUUCAGGCCAAGGCGGGCAAUAGCUCUGUCACCCCUGCGAAAACGAUCUCAGUAAGGGAACAACCUAAAGAAAAGGAGUCUUUUGAGCAAAACUUGAAGCCAGAAGUUCCCAGACAGAUUGUUGAGCAGUCGGUACCAAAACGUGUUAAUCUAUUCGAUGACAGUCCUCCACUGAGUCCAACUCCGAAGGCAGUGACUGUCGUCGAUAAUGCUAAAGCAUCAGGCGCUAUUCCGAAACAGAACCCCAUCAGGGUUUCUAAAAAGGAUCAAGUCAAGUCUCUUUUCGACGAUUCUCCAGCAUUGUUUGCCUCGCCGAAAUCCACUGCUUCUAAUGAUCCGCCGAAACCUUUACCGAAAUCGCUAUUUGAUGAUGAUUUGGAGGAUGAUGACUUCUUGAGUUCCUUUACACCCAAAACAAAGCCAUCAGAACAAAAACAGCUCUCAAAACCCCAGUCCUCGUUAUUUGAUGACGAUGAUUUGGAUAUAGAUGAUAUAUUUAUUAAACCAUCGAAUAAGCCAAAAAAUCUCUCUGAAAGAGUAGCUGGAAAGACCAGUUUAUUUGAAGACGAUGACCAAGAUGAUGUCGCUGACUUAUUUGGCUCAAAAAAGAUAAGAGAUAUAAUAAAGGAGCCAGCCCCCGAAAUUUCGCCAGACAAAAAGAUUGAAGAGCCAGUACCUUCUAAGAAGAGUUUGUUCGAUGACAUCGACGAUGAAGAUUUAUUUGGUACACCAAAAGCUAAGAAUUUAAUUGCCAGUAAAAAAGAUAAGGGUCCUCAAACAUUGUUAAAAACAGAGCUCACAGUCGAAAAAGAAAGUAAAACAGUUGAGGGAAACCAAGACAACUUUAUAAAACAAAAAGUAGAUGUACAGCAGCCGCAACUUAUAGAAGAUAAGCCUUCUACGCAUCUUUUUAGAGAUUCACCUCCCCCUAUUGAAGUUGUAGAAGAAAAAUCUCGGUCUAAAAUAGAUGAAGCGCCGGUUAAGAACGAUAAGUCCGCGCUUAAUGAUCCUAAAGAUUUGUUUAAUGGCAACUUCAGCGACGAGGAAUCAUUCUUAAGCCCUUCAAAUAUUAAAGUUAAGCCAAAAAGUGCUAUUGAAACUAAAGAACCUAUCGCACCAACUGAACAAAACACUUUAGCUCCAGUGAAUUCUUCAACAUAUUCUACCAAACCCACUGAUUUGUUUAACGAAGAAUUGAGCGAUGAUGAUUCAUUUUUGAGUGCAACCAAAACUAAAGAUAAGCCAGAAGGUGCUCCAGCAACUAAUAAAAUUAAUAAGCCAGCUGAAUACCAGUUGGAAGAUGAGAUAAAGCCUGAAGAAUUUGCAAGGAAACUGCCAGAGAACAAUUAUGUUAAGCCGACGAAUGAUGUGGUGCCUGAAGUGCUGAGCGAUUCUCAAAUAGAUGCUCCUGUUUCAGAAACCCCUCCACCAGACGAUUAUCAAAGCAGCCAGGAUCCCAUUAUCACAAUGGUUGCUGAUGUUACCAACAAGUCCCGCGAAGAUGUUUCUACCCCAAGAAAACCAGCAGACCUAGCUGCUGCACAGCAAAUCAUGCAGAAUUAUUCAAAUCUCUUUUCCGACGAGCCGCCGGAUGACAGCGAGUUCUUUCAAACGCUCGGGAGCAGCGGCCUUAGCAGUCUAAGCGCUUCGAAAAUCUUUGACAGCGAGCAAGACUUCUUUGAACCCGCUUUGCCCAAAAUCCCAAGUGCCAGUAAGCCGUCGCCAGGGACGCCCGGAGAUCAACCUUCUUCAACAUCCGAUUACGGGGGAAUGUGUUUGUUCAGUGAUGUUCCGCCCGAAGAUGACAACCGUGAUGUUGAGGAGCCACAGAAGCAAGCUGAGACCCCGAAAGAGGGAAUCGCACCAACUACAACCAGAAUCCACACAAUUUUCUACGACGACUUUAGCGAGACAGCAAGACAAGGAGCUCUGCAGCCAGAUCGAAAACCUUUCACUUUCGAUGACGAGCAACCACCGGCUGACGAACCUGAUCGCAGCAAGGUUAAUGAGAGCUCUGAGGUGCCCGCUCCCACGUCUCCUGUAAAAAAGCUGAAAAUGCCUAACAUUAACAUCAAUGUGCAGGCCUUGCUUCCUGGCUCUGGAGGACUGCCAAAGGUGCUAAGGAAACAGGAAUCAUCGAGUGUCGAAAGAGAAGCAAGGGAAGAACCUCCGAAUAGAGUAGAAUCUUCGAAGUACCCAUCGAGAUCCAAGGAAAGUGUUAUUCCAUCUGUGGAGGGUGGUCUGCAGCAUGUUAACAAAUCUCGCGCUAGGGGACCUUCGAAGAGAAGACCUUCGACUAGGAAGGGAAGACAAGAAAAUUAUGCGAAAAGCCUGCUGGAUGCAGAGAAAGUCCCAACACCUUCGAACUCUAUUGAAAGGAAGUUUAUAGAUAAACCUGAUGAAGAACCAUCUGAUUCCAAACCCAACAAGGCUCCCCUCCCUCAGUCUGUUGCUUCUGAAAAGUUGUAUUCUCCUCCAGCUCUUGACAUCCUUAACGAGCCUCCAGAGUUCAAACCCCAACUAGAACCAUCAGCUCCUUCUAAAUCUGUAGCAUCCUUUUUAGACAGUCCUGAUGAAGAUGAUUCUUUGUUUGGUUCUGUAACACAACAGAAAGUUUUCCCCACAAAGCCAUUUGGUGUUAAACGGAGUUCUGAAGCUCCUAAGUCAUAUCGAUCAUUUUUAGAUAGUCCUGAUGAAGAUGAUCUUUUCAGUCCUGAUGAGAAUUUGCCGCCACCUGUGAAAAAUACAAGUGCGGUUGAAAAGGGUCCUCAUUUCUUGCCACAAUCGGUUUCGAAUUAUCCACCAGUCGAUCAGCAGCCACCAAAGUUGAAAAGCUCCUUUUUGGACAGCGCAGAUGAAGAUGAUUCGCUAUUUAGUCCGGUCAAAACAGUAGAGGCUCCAAUUGCCCGAAAAUCUUCGCUCCCGGCAGCAGAAAACCUUUCUCAAGCAAAACCAGCUCCUUCAACCCUCCCAAACUCCAAUGAGACAGCAAAGGAACAAAAACAACAAGCUGCCCUGAAACUCUUUGAUGAUAGCGAUGAUGAUGAUCUGUUUGCCACUGCUGCUGUGCCCGCUCCUUUGCCCAGCAACCAAACCAACAAGCCUGCUCAAACUAAGCAGCCCACUAAGCCAGCAUCCUCUUCCCUUUUCAGCAGCGAUGAAGAUGAGGCGGAGAAGCCAGCUAGGAUUGCUCCUAAAAAGAAGUUGCCCGUCAAGACCAGCAAUAGUCUCUUCAGCGAUGACGACGAUGAUGAUGAUCUGUUCGGAGGAGGUUCCUCAUCCAAAGGAAACACGACCAAAAAGACCAAAACUGUGACCCGGACUGUGUCCAAACCAACAACCAGUAAAGCGGCCACGCCAACUGCAACCAUUCCUUCUAGCACCAAUGACAAUCCAUUGGCCGAUCUUCUCGAGUAAACUUGAAUGCCUUUUAUUACAAGUAUGUACAGUUUUCGAUCUGUUGAUGGUUAGACUGUUGAUCAGAGUAUUGUUAUUCGUAUUCCUAACUAAACUUAAUAAACAAUGAAUUUCAA